AUGAGCUAUCCUGUAGUAGUUGCUAUUGAUUUUGGAACGACUUAUUCCGGUUUCGCUUAUGCUCACAUUGCCAGACCAGCAGACAUUACUAGUCAUGAUUCAUGGGGUCCAGGGACUAUCGGAGUAUUACAAGAGUGUAUAUAUGCAGCUGGUUAUUUAGAAAAUGAAAAUUCAAAUAAUAAUUUAGAAUUUAUUACAGAACAGGAUUGGUUACUAGAGAUUACUUAUGAAGAUGUUCUUGCAAUGUUUGAUCCAGUAAUAAACCGAAUUAUUCGUUUAAUCCGUAAUCAAUUAACAGCUUCAAAAGAAAAAUGUUCUGCUUUAUUUUUGGCUGGAGGUUUUUCAGAAUCUCCAUAUCUUAUCUCAAAAAUAAAGAAUGCAUUUGGUUCUACAGUAUCAAUUAUUUCCGUGCCUCAAAAUCCAAUAUCUGCUGUUGUACGUGGAGGGGUUAUCUAUGGUUUAAACACAAAGGCUAUUGCAACACGUCAAUUGACAUUGAAUUAUGAGUGGGUAACUGGAGAUCCAUUAGAAAAAAAAACAAAUGAUGAUCAUAUAUUCAAAUUUGAUUGUUUAGCAAAACGUGGAGUGGAAUAUUCACCAACUCAAGAUUUUUCUAGCACUUAUUCCCCUGUUUACCCAGACCAAAAAGGCAUGAAUUUCCAGAUAUAUGCUACACCAAGAAAUAAUCAAAAAUUUUGUGAUGAACCUGGUAUGGAAUUGAUUGGAGAAUUGUUUAUCGAAUUACCUGAUGUUAAAUAUCAGCUUGAUAGACCUGUGGAAUUUUCUUUGAUGUUUGGUGAACUGCUUAUCACUGCAACUGCAUGGUGCAAAAAAUCAGGAAAAGCUUGUAAAGCUACAUUUGAAUAUGCUAGACCUGAAGCUUAUGAAGUAAAAAAUCGCAGCUGGUUUAUUUGA